AUGAUCAAUUCCACGAGCUAUCGUGACGCCACGACGCCCAAGCCAGCCCAUACGCCAGGCGGCUACCCCACCGACAACACCGUUAUCCUCCCAAGCAACCUUAAGUCGCGUGGACUGUGGUUGGUCGGCCACGUGGUGGUUGGCCUGCUGAUGGUUCUGGCUGUGCUGACCCCCAUGGGCUACAACCUCCCCGUGUACCCCGUAGAGUUCUCCACCCCCAUUUCUGUGUGGUGGAACGUCGAUCCGAAAGUGAAGGGGAGUGGCAACCCUGAAAUGGUGGUCCCGACCUACUUCUUUCUUGGGUCGGUGGUACCCGUGACGAUCGGCGCCGUGCUCCUGGCGUACAUCCGAGUCAAGUCGGCCGUGUUUGUCCCUCCGUUCUCCGCGCUGCUGCACCGCAAGCCAAAGGUGUUCAAGCACCUGGUCAGCUACGGCGAGCUCUUGUUCUUGUUGCUCUUGGUCGUGGGCAAUGUCAUCGUGUUCUCGUACCAGUACAAGAAGCGUUCCAAGCCCACCGACAACGCGACGACCCAAAUCAGAGUGAUCGGCACGUCCCUGGGGUUCUCAGGGUUGUAUAACAUGGUGUUUUUGGCCCUUCCCGCGAGUCGCCAUUCGUUCUGGAUGGAGUGGCUCAACAUUCCGUACGCCAACGGGGUCAAGUACCAUCGGUGGCUGGGCGUCGCCACGAUCGUGUCGUUCGUGGUCCACACUGGCUUCUACGUCGUGUUCUACGCUCGCACGGACAACCUGCUCAAGAUGCUGCCUUGCUUUGACUGCGACGUGGCCGUGGGGGGUAAAACCAACUGGGAAAACUUCUUUGGGUGGCUAUCCAUGAUCUGCAUGAUGGUCAUGGGGGCCACGAGCUUGCCGUACAUCCGCCGCCACUACUAUUCGGUUUUCUACGCCACGCACUUUCUGUUCAUCCCCGCCACGCUGUUUGCCAUCCUCCACUGGGGCAACAUGUUCUUCUUCCUCUUCACGUCCAUGGUGCUGUACAUGGUCAACCGCGUGCUGUCCACGGCGUCGAUCACGACCCCUGUGGCCUUGAAACGCGCCGCUGUCUUGUCGUCAGAAGUGGUCGAAAUCACCUUCGAAUGCGUCACGGGCUACAGUCCUGGCGACGCUGUCUGGAUCAAGGUGCCCGCCUUGUCCAAGACUCAAUGGCAUCCCUUCAGUGUAGCGUCGACGCCGUUGGAAACCCCCGGCUUGCUCACCAUCUACGUCAAGAGUCUGGGCAAGUGGAGCGCGGGGCUCCACCAUUACAUUCGCGAGUGCCAUGAGAAGAACGUCCAGCCCAUCAUCUACAUGGAUGGGGGCUACACUGCAACCUCCCCGAUUUCCGCAGCGCAUUCCGACGUGGUGUUUGUCGGGGGGGGGAUUGGUAUCACCCCCUUGAUGGGUCAGCUCGUGCAUGUGCUUCGCAGCCACCCCAGUCAAAACGUGUGGCUUGUGUGGAACGUCCGACGCAAGGACAUGUUUGUGCACUUCCAAUCGUGGCUGCGUCACAUUCAAAACGUGGGGGGAGACCGCUUGAGGAUCCGCCUGCAAGUGACGCAAGAAGAAGUGACUGAGUUUGGUGUUGCGAACACCGAUGACAUUCAAUCUGGCCAAGAGUUCACGGGACAGCAAAGCCUCCCCCGCUGCUUUGAAGGCCAUGGCCCGAACUCGGCCGUCGAGUUCCGUCCGUAUGCGCAUGUCAGCACGAUCAAACGCAUGGUCAUGCUCACGGUGGGGUUCGGAUUCAGCUGCGCCCUCGUCGCCAUCGCGACGUACGCCAACCGACUCACCACGGCGACUUCGGCCCAGUGGAUUCUGCUUCGAGUGGUUCAAUUUUGUGCGGUCGUCGUCGGCUGCUACCUGGCCCUUCUCGUCACGAAAUUCCCCAAGACACUCGUCCCCGCAAGCGACGACGUAAUUGACCAUCACGACAAGGCCGCCAUGAGCAGCGACGACGUCGCCAAGCACUUUGAGGUGCAAUCUGGUCGCGCGGAUUUGUCUGAGAUCUUCCAAACCGUCGAGUCGGGGGCUCAAGGGUCGGUGGCCGUGUACGUUUGUGGGCCCAAGAGCUUAAUUCGAUCUGUCGACGAAAACGCCCACGGCAAGUUUCAAGUGCACCACGAAGACUUUGAAAUGUAG